GGAUCAGCCAAGAACAUAUAUUUCAGUUUUCUUCGGUGGCACACAACGACGGCGUGACAACGACCAUCGAUUGCCCCAGACAGCUGUGUCACCCGAGUGACUUAGGAGAAGCCAAACGACACUUUCACAACACAAACACCACAAUACCAUGGGGUCGUCAGAGGUCUCGCAGCUGUGUGAGAUGAACGCGGAGCUCUCUUCGUCCAAGGAGAACAACGACCGGACGCGGCAGGAGAUCAGCGACAUCAGGGUGAUGAUUGGCCUCCAGGAGAAGCGCCUCGAGAGCCAGGUGUCCGUGACCAACCGGCACCGCUCCGGGAAGGCGGCGGCCAUGGCCGCUGUGGAGAAAAGGGUGCAGGGGCUUUUCGACCUGUGCCUGAAAGUGGACCACAUUGCCAAACAACACAACGAGGUUCACCAACAGCGCAUGAAACGAGCGGCUGCAGGCGUACAACAGCACCAAGAAGGAAGAGCUACCGAAGUGCCCCGCGAGCUCCGGGUAGAGCUGGAGCGGCUGGAGCGCUCCGUCGCGAAGGAAAUCGAAACGAAAAAGCGAGAAGAAGAGCAGACGAGGUACCUCCCCGCAACGAUCCUGGCCAAGGAAAACGAAGCGGCAGAGCUGACCAGCAGAUCCGAGGAGCUAGACGUGGAGAUCAGGGUGCAGCGGGAGGAACAAAUCGCCGCUGAGAUGGCAUACAACUCUUCCAAUACGCUCUUUCAGGAUCUCAGACGCGUGAAGCCGGAAGUCCUAGACCAGAUAGAGACGUCCCACCAAAACCACGAGCAAAACGCUCUUGAGAUGAAGGAAGCCAGAGCGGAGGUCGAAGAAGCCGAGAGGGCUGACCACGAGCUUGCGGUGGUCGACGGUAAUCAGAACAAGUCUCUCAACUCCGACAAACAUGCUGAGGAAGCCAGGCUGGCUCAGCUUGAGGUUGAAGACAACCGCCUGACUGCCGUGGAAGAGGAGCAAGCCGAGUCGGCUCAGACGACGCAGGCGCUGGCCGAAGAGAUGAAGGCAAUCACCCACGAGAGCAUGCAGGACGACCCAAAGGUGCUCGGGAUGCGAGCCUUGCUGCAGGAGAAGUUUCAGAAGACGAGGCUUCUCCUGGAACAGCGGAAGAAAGACGACGAGGUGUUCGCCACCCACGGCGUCAACGAGCCCGACUUCGGGGAUCGCAAGAAGGAGCACCACGCACUCACCUCGAAGACAGAUUCGAUUCGGCGAGUCGGGACUCAAUGGAUGUUUACGUACCGCUACCUAACGCUGCGAUAG